AUGAGUAGUGGUCAGAAUGAGGCUGAUGUCCUAAAAAACGCUAUAAAGAUAUAUGAACACCAGCAUAGUUCUUGGGAUUUUGAUCAUGCAUGGCGUCUUUUGCGGAAUUUCAACAAAUGGGAAGAACUAGUCAAUCCUAGAGAAAAAAACACUGAAAGUGAACAACCUUCUAGUGAGACACCCGCUACUGAUGAUGACGUCUUUGGUGGUGCUAGAAGCCGUCCAAUUGGUAUUAAGAAAUCCAAAGAACUGGCUAGAGGAAAGCUUAAGAAAGAUCCAAACAUUACAAACUUUGCCACCAGACUUCAACUACAUGACGAAGCUGCAACUAAACGGGAGGAGAUGAGACAACAAAUACUAGAGUUUGAGAUGGAAAAGGAAAGGAAGAGGCAAGAAGAGAGAGCACAAUACUUCCAACUAGAACAAGAGAAGCUUGAGUGA